AUGGAUACAAGGGGCUCCAAAGCAAUUACGGCAAUGGAUAUGUCAAGGAUCUCGCUGCGGCCAUUCAAGUUGACCGACGCCGACGACUUCUUGUCAUGGGCAGGAGACGAUCAAGUGACUCAGAACCUGCGGUGGAAGACUUGUGGUUCUAAGGAAGAGGCAUUGGCUUUCAUCAGAGAUGUUUGCAUACCUCAUCCAUGGCGACGCUCAAUAUGCCUCGAUGACCGUUCGAUCGGCUUUGUUUCAGUGUUUCCAUGGUCUGGCGAUGAACGUUGCAAGGCGGAUAUUGGUUAUGCUAUAGGAGCCAAGUACUGGGGCCAGGGGAUUGCCACAAAAGCAGUGAAGAUGGCUGUGUCACAAGUGUUCAAGGAUUUGCCUCACUUGCUAAGGCUACAAGCUUUCACUGUUGCGGAGAAUAAGGCUUCUCAGAGGGUACUGGAAAAGGUUGGGUUCCAAAGGGAAGGCCUGCUCAGGAAGUACACUUAUCUUAAGGGCAGUGUCAGGGAUCUGGUCAUCUGUAGUCUUCUAUCUACUGAUAAUAUCGAUCAUUCAUAA